AUGGGAGAAGCGUUUACAACUUGGGAGUUGAUACUUGCUAGGGGUGGAUACAGUAAUUGGGAAUGUUCUGGUACACAAGACAAUGAAGGAGAUGAUAGACUUGUUGUAGACAAUGAAGAUGUGAGAGCUGUUGUUUUACAUAAUGAUGGAUUGAUGAUUGUAGAAGAUGAUAUUGCUGAUGGAGACAAGGAAAACACUGCAAAUCGUCGUCGGUUUCAAAUGACAUCUUGCAAAGGUGCCCAGAUUUUGAUUCAGAAUGUGAAACUUGAGGACAACUCCAUUCAAGUGAACCCUCGGAGAGUACUCCAGGGGAAUGAGACGGAUAGGCAGGCACUGCUAGCAAUCAAAGAUCAAAUUCAACACGAUCCGAACCAGGUCACAAGCUCAUGGAAUGACACUCUUCACUUCUGCCUGUGGCACGGCGUCACUUGCAGUCGACGACAUCGCCAAAGGGUGACGAAGCUGGAGCUUGACUCUCUGGAGUUGGUGGGUUCCAUAUCUCCAUACAUAGGAAAUCUAAGCUUCUUAAGAAAGCUAGAUCUCGAGAACAACAGCUUCACUCAUCACAUCCCUCCUCAAAUUGGACAUUUGCACAGACUGAAGGUACUGUCUCUAAAUAAUAACUCACUUAGUGGUAGUAUUCCUCCCAACAUAUCCAAUUGCUUUCAACUCAUCACUCUUGAUCUUGCUUUUAACAUUCUGGUGGGUAAAAUUCCUCCCCAACUCAGUUCGUUAUCAAAGCUUGCAUAUUUUAAUUUGCAAAAAAACAAUUUAACAGGAGAGAUCCCUCAUUCUUUGGGGAAUCUUUCGUCUCUCGAGAUAUUUGGUUCAACCUUUAAUUCCUUAGAAGGAAGAAUCCCCAGUUCUCUAUGCCAGUUACAAAAAUUAAAGAUUCUUUAUUUCGGACAAAAUAGGUUAUCAGGUAUCUUCCCCUCCUGUAUUUUUAAUCUCUCUGGUAUAAUUGAAUUCGAAAUAUCAGGAAACCAACUUCAAGGUAGUCUUCCGUCAAACUUGGGCUUUAAUCCCAAGCUUGAAACCUUCUCCAUUGGUGGGAAUCAAUUUACUGGGGCCAUCCCUCUGUCAAUUUCCAAUGCAACAAAUCUUGUGUGGCUUGAAUUUGGAUCUAAUAAUCUCACUGGACGUGUGCCAAAUGUAAAAAAUCUUCAAUACCUGACGACGUUCAGUGUCAGUGAUAAUAAUCUUGGAAGCGGUAAACAUGGUGACUUGAGUUUCUUCUCAGAAUUGAUCAAUGCCUCACAGCUAAGUGUGUUUGACUUUGGCUACAAUAAUUUUGGAGGGGCAUUGCCUACAUCAAUAUCCAAUCUCUCGACCAGUCUCCAAAUCUUAGGAAUUGGAGUAAACAUUCUGCAUGGAAGUAUCCCGAUCGGAUUAGGAAAUCUUGUGAACUUGCGGUUACUCUCUCUUGGGCACAACUCCUUCACAAAUAGCAUCCCCAACGACAUCGGGAAGAUUUCAGGGCUUCAGAAAUUGUUUCUUAACAACAAUGAAUUAUCAGGGAGAAUUCCAUCCACUCUAGCAAAUUUAACUUUGUUAACACUUCUCCAAUUGCAAGAAAAUAAUCUAGAGGGUAGCAUUCCUCCCACCCUUGGGAAUUACCGUUGGUUACUAGAAUUGGGUCUUUCUGGAAACAAUCUCAACGGCACGAUACCUCCUCAGGUUAUUGGCCUCUCAUCUUUAUCAACAGUUUUGGCAUUGCAGAGAAACCAAUUCACCGGUUCCCUUCCGACGGAGAUUGGCAAAUUGAAGAAUUUAGGCGCACUAGAUGUUUCUAACAAUAUGUUGUCAGGAGAACUUCCCAGUAGCCUGGGUAGUUGCGAGAGCUUAGAAGCUUUAUACUUGGAUGGCAACUUCUUCUCGGGGUCCAUUCCUUCAUCUAUGAAGGACUUGAGAGGGAUUCAAUAUUUAGACCUUUCUCGAAACAAUUUGUCAGGAGAGAUUCCACAGUUUUUCGAGUGGUUUGGAAACUUGAAGAAUCUCAACCUGUCCUUCAAUCAGUUUUGGGGUGUAGUGCCAACUGGUGGUAUUUUCAAGAAUGCAACAGCGUCAUCAGUUGCAGGAAAUACAAGACUAUGCGGCGGUGUUGCUACUCUCCGACUUCCUGUGUGCAAGCCUAAUGAGUCUAAAGGAGGAGGAGGGUUGUCAAGGAGAAUGAAACUACUGAUCUCUUUAGUUUCCGGGUUUAGUCUUUUGGGAUUUGUUGUCGUGCUGUCUCUUUUCCUUCUUGGUAAGAAAAGGAAAGAAGCUAAAUCAAGCAAUUUGGGAAACUCUUUUUUGCAAGUUUCAUAUGCUACGCUCCUGAAAGCCACCGUGGGUUUUUCGUCUACUAAUUUGAUCGGUGUGGGGGCUUUUGGGUCUGUGUACAAAGGAAUUCUUGCUGAAGAUAGAGUUGUUGUCGCUGUGAAGGUGUUUAACAUGUUACAUCGGGGAGCCUCUAAGAGUUUCAUCUCUGAAUGUGAGGCAUUGAGAAACAUCAGACAUCGAAAUCUGGUCAAGAUAGUAACUGCAUGCUCAAGUACUGAUUUCAGCGGCAAUGAUUUCAAGGCUCUUGUUUACGAGUUCAUGGACAACGGGAGCUUGGAGGAAUGGUUGCAUCCAUCAACUAAAGCUGAAGAGGUAAUAGAAGCACCCAAAACCUUAAGUCUUGUUCAGAGGCUCGACAUUUCCCUUGAUGUUGCUAGCGCAUUGGAUUAUCUUCACAACCAUUGUGAAACACCGAUUGUUCAUUGUGAUCUCAAGCCAAGUAAUGUUCUUUUGGAUAGUGACAUGACUGGACAUGUUUCCGACUUUGGGCUGUCAAGGUUUCUCAAAGACCCAACCCCGAGUGUUUCUGGAAAUCAAUCAAGCUCUAUUGGAAUCAAAGGAACGGUUGGUUAUGCUGCACCAGAGUAUGGCAUGGGAGGUGAUGUAUCUACAUACGGGGAUGUCUACAGCUUUGGCAUUCUCUUGUUAGAGAUGUUUACAGGGAAGAAACCUACUGAUCACAUGUUCAGCGACAACUUGAAUCUUCAUAAUUAUGUGAAGGCAGCUCUCCCUGGACGUACUUUAGAGAUUUCAGAACCACUACUUCAAGGCACAAUCAAUGUUGUUGAAGCUCACAGGCACAAUAGUGUGAGAGUCGAGAAAACUGAAGAGUGCUUGGCUUUGAUUCUUGGUAUAGGAAUCGCAUGUUCAGUCGAAUCCCCCACAAACAGAAUGGAUAUCAGUGAUGUUGUGUCUGAAUUGCAAUCCAUUAGGCGCAAUCUUCUCUGCUAGAACUUUCAUAUUAUUAAUGUACGUUCUUGAAUUGUGUCUCAAAGUCAUGUCUACUGUAUCUAUAUAGUGGUUUCUUGAAAUUCGCAUGUAAAUGUUAUAAAAAGUCAUGAAAUAAAGUCCUACUU